CUAUUAACCGGUCAAACCAACUGUGGGGGUUGGGAGUCCGUGUCUCGACUCUGGGCGUGAAUCAUGAUGGCCACAAGCUCAGUGUCCUCGAAUCUCCUACCUUCCUCUUCGUCGCGGCCGAUAGGAAGUGCUUCCCAGGAUUCCCCGUGCCGUCUCCCUCUCGCCAGUAGAAUAUUCGUUAGAAAUCUUCCAUACUCAACUGGUGAAGCCACUCUCAUAAAAUUAUUCUCAAAAUUUGGUCAAAUUGUAGAAAUUAAACUCGCUAGAGAAGAGGAGACGUGGAGGUCAAAAGGGUAUGCAUUUAUUCAAUAUUCAAGUCAAGAGCAAGCUGUUCUAGCCUUGGAAGAGAUGGAUCGAAAGAGAUUUGAAGGUAGGAUUAUCUAUGCUGAAAUUGCAAAGCCCUUGAGAAAUGAAUUUGGCGACUACCCGAUAGGCUCAGGCCCCCCUCAACAGCUACAUGCAGUAAUUCCUUCAGCAAUAUAAGAGCAGUUUGUUGUUUAUGGAUGUUCUACAACUAGAUAACUCAUGAUCCAUUUUCUGUAUUCGCUGCCAUUCUUUGUCACUCCAACUCCAAAGUUGUAGAACAACUACUCUAUAUGGCCUUGAAACUGGAUCUAGUAAAGGAUCUAGUAAAUCCAAUGUUGCACUCCCUGCUGUCUAUUCCUUGGUAAGAUUUGAGGGUCCUUGAUUUGUUUGUGCUACAGAAAACAGAUGAUUUCUCAUAUAUUUUUUAGUUAAACCCCUCUAUUUAUUGUAA